AUGGAAGAUUUCUACUUUAAUGAAACAUUAUACUUUGAUUAUGAUGAUUACUAUGAUUUCAUCUUCUAUGCCAACUAUAUACAAUCAAUAUUCAUCAUAUAUGUGGUGACAUGCAUAAUCAUUUGUAUCGGACUUCCUUUGACCCUCCUGGCCAUCUAUGCUCUUUAUUCUCUGGUGCGAAAGGAUAAUGUCGCUCCGAUCUACGUCAUCAACCUUCUCAUUUCUGACCUCAUUCAGCUCUGCUGCAUGAUCAGUUUUGUGUCCCAACAUAGGGACCAGAACGCAGACCCAAUAGGCAGUCGCAUUUAUGGUUGUAGUCUGAUGGCCAGUGUUUACUUCAUGGUGUGCAUCGCCCUGGAAAGGUAUUUGGUCAUCGCCUGGCCACUGUGGUACCGCUUCAGACGGACCAUGAAGAUCUCCGUGGUGGUCUGUGUCCUGGUCUGGGUUGUUCCUCUUUUUUACUUCUUCUUUUCUUUAGUUUGGCGUCGUCGAGCUUUUUUAACACCAUUGUACAUAUUCUUCCUCCUUUCCCUCCCGCUGCUCAUAUUCUUCCUGGGUGGGACCCUUAAAGCCCUGUCUGCUUCCGUCUCAGUUCCUGCUGAUAGAAAACGACGAAUUGUGGCAAUGUUGGUCCUGGUCCUGGUUAUUUACCUGCUGCUGUUCCUGCCCAUAAUCAACACACUUAGGAAAAUACAGACUAAAGACACAUAUUACACGACCCUAGACAUCCUGUCUAAUGUGUUAGUUAAGUUGAGUCCUCUUGCAGACUUAGUUCUGUAUGUUUUCAUGAGGAAAGGGGCCAUAGACAAGGUGUUGGCCUCUGUGUGUUGUUGCAGAAUGGACAGCAAUGAUGUCAGCAGUUCAGCAGUAUUGUAG